AUAUAUAUUGUAGACGUAUCAUAAAUAUGAACCUUGGUCAACCUCACCUCAAAAUGUAUGUAUACCUUAUCCUUAACUGUCAAAAGGAUAUGACAACGUCUGUCAUUCGAAAACGGAAUCACAAAUAAACAAGUCGGAAAAACCUUGCUCCGUAAAAAACUCGUUUGGAAUAAAACCUUAGUUUACAUCUCAGAAGUGGGAUUAAUCUACAAGUAUGCCUACAACAGAAGAAAUAAAAUGGUCAUUAGACGCAGCUGGUAUUGAAUACCCAGAGACGGCAAAGGCGACGCAACUACGACAAUUGUUUGCAGACAACGUGAAGAAGACAACAAGUCAGGAAAUGGCGGCUGAUAAAACACGUGGAGAUGGUGAUGACAUAACCUCAAAUGACGAAGCCGCUGCUAUAGCCUCACUCGAAAUGAAAGUAAAACGCCUGGAGCUAGAAAAAAAACUUUUAUCUUUAGAAGAAGAAAUAGCUGAGCUUCAACCAACUCACCUUAAACCAAUAUCGAUGAAUACUAUUCAAUAUAUAGAAACAAUAGUGCCAAAGUUCACCGGAGAAGGCGAUGAAGAUGUGUGUGCUUGGAUUCGUUCCCUUGAGGACAUUUUCGUUAUGACAAACGUCCCAGAGCCUCAAAAACUGCCGCUUUUGCGUCGAUCGUUAACGAGCACAGCUGUUUUAUUGGCACAAACUACUAAAUCAAAAAAUUACGAGGAGUUGAAGGGCGAAUUGCUAAAAGAAUUUAACAACAAGCCUUCUAAAGAAGUCAUCUAUAAAAAUCUUAGAGCACGCCAUCUGAACGCUAACGAAACAACGCUUAGAUAUUUGUUAGACAUGCAACACAUUGCAGCGGCAGCUUCAAUUCCGGAAAACGAACUGGUGCAUAUCAUCAUUGACGGUCUCGGUGACCCCAUACAUACUGCAUCCAUGCGAUUCAUGGCAAAAUCGAUCGAGACGCUGAAACCUCUAUUGAAAGAGUAUGAAUAUAUACGAACACGUGUACAGACAACGGUCCAGAAAUCGUCUGUUCAACAACCACGAGUCCAGAUUGCGCGAGCUGAACCAAACCAGUCGACUCCCAGAUGCCUUAAUUGCCGGAAAUAUGGACAUUCGGAAAACUUCUGCCGCAUGCCGAUUCGACUUCCGGGGUCCUGUUUCAAGUGCGGUCAGACUGAUCAUGUCUAUCGAAAUUGUCCUCAACGGGUUCAGCAGAUUGCCGUUACUACAAAUGGUCCUGAACAUCUAGAAACAACGCCUGUGACGGAACCAGUUUUUACUCUUAACGCCAACCAAGAGCCCUAAAAGCUUCGUUAAUGAAAACGUUCUCCCUAAAUCUCUUGUUGGAGAACCUAGGACGUCCAUGUUGCGAGGAAUAGGAGGCCCAAAUUUAUUAACGUUAGGAUUUGUGGAUAUGCGAGUACAACUUGCCAAGACCACGAUACGUCACACCUUUAUCGUCCUUCCAAAAAUAUACAUGGAAUGGCCAAUGAUUCUUGGUAGAGAUGCAUUAUCCAAGUUAAAUAUUCAACUCAAUCAGAUACAAAAUACGUACACUAUAAACACUUUAUUGAACAUGAAUAAUAUGAAAAAGCUGCCUUUAAUAAAAACGAAUUUAUAUCAAAAGCUCCAUUCACUUGACAUUGUAAAGAGGUCAGUCGCACGUCGGGAGGGAGAUUGCUCAUUUUCUGCUUUAGCUCAUGAGUCGAUCGAUGUGUUUACCGAUACAUUUUCUUCUUUGUGUAUGAUAGAUGUUGUUGAUCAAACAAAUCCCAUUGAUAUUGGUAAAAACCUUACAAAAUACCAAAGUGAAGCUGUAAUUGAAUCGAUAACAAAAAAUUAUUUAGAGUUUCCUACAAAUGAAAUCGUACCCUCAACUUAUACUAUGAAAAUAAAUCUCUUACAUGACACU